AACCUCGUCGAGUGACCGGCAGAACUGGAAUUGAGCACGCAUAAAAAAGACGUUGUUGUCUGCGUUCUUGACAAAAAUGGCCGUAACUGUCUGGAUAGCUGAGUCCGCUCAGGAUAUUUUACAAAUAUCUGGACUCACUCUGCAAACCUUUCUCGUCUUUUGCCUGGCUUUUCUCCUGGCAUGUUUCUUCUUGAAGCGCCGGCCUGGAGACCUGCCUCCCUACCCGGCAGGACGUGUGCCUGUUCUCGGGCACCUCCUCGCCUUGGGUCGGGAACCUCCUCAGCAGCUGACUGCGUGGAGGCGGCAGUACGGGGACGUCUUCACCGUCAGGAUGGGGAUGGAAGAUGUGGUGGUUCUUAACGGCCACGCUGCCGUCAAGGACGCGCUCGUGGACAGGUCCGAGCUGUUCGCCUCCAGGCCCCCAAACUACCUGUUUGAUGCUGUUACUGGUUUUGGAAAAGACAUUGUUUCUGCACGUUGGGGGACUGAGUUCAGGCAGAGAAGGAGAUUUGCUACCACCGCCUUAAAGAACCUGGGCAUGAAGGUCGGAACUGGCAGCAUUGAGGAGAAAAUCCGAGAGGAGGCGGGCUGUCUCCGCAACAGGAUCGCUGAGUACCAGGGAAAACCCUUCGACGUUUCUAACGACCUAGGCGUCGCCGUAGCUAACGUCAUCUGUGGCAUGACGUUCGGGACGCGUUACGACUAUGAGGACGAAACUUUCCGCGAGCUCUCGGAGGCGAUCGCGAACGUCAUAGCUGAACUGGGGGCGGGGCAGAUCAUUAGCGUCUUCCCUUUGUUACGGUUUGUUCCUGGAAUAAACAGGGUCUGUAAGGAAGUGAUGAAGCAGAACUCCAAGAUUCAAAGAGUGUUGUGGGACGAGAUAGCCCGCCAUCGCGAGAACCUGGAUCGCGAGAACCCGCGAGACUUCCUCGACGCCUGCCUGCUGGAGCUGGAACUGCAGGGAAAAGUUGACGGUCUGACGGAGGAGAACGUCAUGUACAUGGCCCAGAACCUUUUCUUCGCGGGAACGGAGACAAGCACCAACACCCUGCUGUGGAGUCUGCUCUACAUGACUUUGAACCCCGACAUCCAAAAGAAGGUACAUGAGGAGAUUGAUGCCGUUGUUGGUGAGGGUCUGCCCGCCCUGUCCCACCGUUCCCAGCUGCCCUACGUGAACGCCUGUCUGCUGGAGGUCAUGAGGAUCCGGCAUAUUGCUCCGCUGAUUAUUCCUCACGCCACGACCGAGGCUGUCAAAGUGCAGGGAUACGACAUCCCAGAGGGGACCCAGGUGCUGUUGAACCUGUACUCCCUCCACACUGACCCCGCCUACUGGCCUGAUCCGGACCGGUUCGACCCCGGAAGGUUUCUGGACGCGGAAGGAAACGUCAUCAACAAGCCUGAGUCCUUCAUGCCUUUCGGAGGAGGAAGACGCGUGUGUCUUGGGGAGCAGCUGGCCAGGAUGGAACUUUUCCUGUUCUUCUCGACCCUGCUGCAGUCGUUCACCUUCAGAACGCCAGAGGGCGCUCCUACCCCAUGCUUGGAUGGCGUCUUUCGUUUGACGUUGACGCCGCAUCCGUUUAUGCUGUGUGCGAUACCGCGUUAGUUUAUCGGCUAGUUGUGUGGGAAAUUACUGGAAUCAUUUGACUUUUCUACUCAAUGCCUAGAUAAAAAUUAGUUUUUGGUAGCGGAGAAAUGGUGACUACGGUGGCCGUGCCUUAAUACUGUACAGUACCUAUACAGUAGACGUUUAGAAUUUUGACUCUCUAUACAAAUUCCCUUUUAGUCGUUUUAGAUGUUUUUAGAACAUGUGACUAGUUGAACAAAUUCUGAAGUCAGCCUUGUGCUG